AUGGAGAAAAACUUUUUACCAGAUUUAUCUUGUGAUAUCGGGAAACUCCUUUCUAGUGGAGAUAAUUAUGAUGUAAUUAUUCAAGCUGGAGAAGGACAAUAUAUGAAAGAAUUUUUCGCUCACUCAUUAAUUUUAGGUGCAAGGUCAACAUAUUUUAAAGCUGCACUUUCAAAAGAAUGGGCAGAAAAGACGAAUAGAAUUCACACCUUUAAAAAGCCAAAUAUUUCUCCUGAAAUUUUUGACGGUCAUACAUAUCCAGAAGUUAAAAUUAUUAUCAGUAUGUCAAAAGCUAUUGUAGAUUAUGAAGUAUUUCAG